AUGCUUCAUGCAGAAGGUCACUUCAGCAGACUGAUUUGGAUACUGUGGUGGUUAUCUUUUGACUUUGUGACUGGAAACAAGCCGUUUGCUAUGUUUUUGGUGCGGUUUAAGUGGGCUGAAAUGGGUCCUUCGGUUGUGGACACAGUGGAGGAUCUGAGGAAUAUUCAGCGGUCCUUGUGGGAACUGCACAAACUGCUCACAGACCUGCCGGAUGACAUGCUGGAGGACAGCAGAGACUGCUCCUCCCCGGAGCUGGAGUUAUCUCCCUGCAGCAAUAAAAACACGGGCAGCAGCCCACAGUCUAAGUGGACUCAGGAAUGGUCUGAUCACCCUCAGCCAACCGCUCACACACAGACCUACGAAGUGGACUAUGACCAAGGCUAUCCUUAUGAGGAUGAAGCUGCUCAUGUUAAUGGACACCUAAAUCACCCUCAAACCCAGCUUCCCCCUCCCUCCUGGAACCAGGACCACCAGUUUGCACAGGAAGGUUACCCGUGCCCAAGCAUCGGCUCAGACAGAUGUCCAGAGGGCAGUGAUUUCUCCACAGAGUUUGACCCACUGUCAUACCCUGAUCGUGGAGACGGAGACUACAGGAGUGAACAUCCUCAGGAGGACCACACCAACAGAAACCAUUUUCAGAAUUUAAACUCUGGACUCUGUGGUCAAGGUGCAAACCAGCACAAAGUUAACUUUAACCCUCAGCACCCAGUCCAUCAGCCACAGAUGUUCAAGUCUUCUGCUGCUCAGCGUGAAGAGCAGUUUGACCACCUGCAAAGAGAGUUCCUCGAUUCGACCCAGCGAACUGCUGACAGGGAGCGAGUCGCCCAGCUGCAGAUUUUAAAUAAAGCUCAAAAGAGACAAAUUGAAGAUUUGGAGCAAAAACUGGAGGACUCACGACGUAACAUGAGAUACAUCGAGCAUCAGUUUGCAAUCGUCAAAGAUGAGAAGGCUGGCCUUACAGUGAGUUUCAAGGAGUCUAGUCGACUGAUUAAUGAGGCGAAGGAAAGAGAGUCUCAAAUACAAAACAAGCUUAAAGCAGCGGAGCAGCAAGUACAACUCCUCAAAGAGAGAGACCAGGAGAACAUGAAGAAACAACGGGUGGCGGACGCUGCAGUGGACAGUAUGAAGCAGCAGAUGCUGGAGCUUUGUCGCUCUGACACGCUGUCCAGAGCACGGGAGCAGCACGAUCGAGACCUCGCCGUCAUAAAGGAGCAGCACGAUGCCGCACUGUUGACCUUACAGCAGAAGCUCGAUUCAACCGCUCAGGCUUUAAGUGAGCAGACUCAUGCUGGUCAGAAGUUACGAGAGCAAGUGAAGCUGUUGGAAAAUCGUAGAGAAGAAGAGCAGCUGGAGAGAGGCAAAGUAAUCAACUCCCUCAGCCAGCGUCUGGAGGAGAGUCAGCGUCAGUGUGCCAAGCUGCUGCAGACAAAUUCUGUGCAAGAGAUGAGCCAAAUGCAGAUCAAACUACAACAAGCUCAGUCAGCCAAGGCACUAAGUGAAAACACGAACAAAGUUUUACAGGAGGAUUUAGCCGAUCUGAAGGAGCAGAUUACUCUGUACGAGUCUGCUGUGAAACAUGGCGUUGUUUCUCUAGACCUUAGCAGUGAGUCAGAGAACCAUCUGUCUGAGUCCUGUGUGGGUCUGGGGUUGAGGAAAGCUACUGGGAAAAAUGGCACAUUUCACAGCACCGCUCUGGCUCACCUGCUGGACUCGAAGCUGCCCAAAGACGAGGCUUUGGGGCUCCUGCAGGUGGAGAUGCAGCGCUGCCUCGGAUGUUUGAAGGGGAAACGACAGCGGAUCAGUCGGCUGCAGGAGGAGCUCCAGCUCUGUCAGGCUCGAGUGAGCGAGCUGCAGACUCAGUUAGAUGAAGCAAAGCUCAACUCUUCAGUCAAAGCAGCGAGCCAGAUGAACCCUCCAGACAUGACUGGAGCCUCUCAGAAAGAACUGAUGAGCCUGCAGGAAGACAAGCAGCACUUGCUGGAACAAGUGGAGUUGCUGGAAAAUAAGAACAAGGAGCUGCAACAGACUGAGGAGAAACUGAAGUCCACCAACUCUGAGCUGUGCACCAAGAUGAGGGAAAUGAUCCGAGAGCUGGACCAAGAAAAACAGGAAGCUGCAGAACGAACUGACCGGGUUCAUCGGCAGUACAGGGAUGACGUGGUGAACCGGGUCCGAACAGAACUCAUGCAGGAUCACAGUGCUCAGGUUGAGCAGCUGACUGCACAGCAUCAGCAGCAGAUUCAACAAUUACAAAUCCAGCUGUCGGAAGCCAACGACAAGAUGUUGGCUGUGCAGGAAUGUUACAUAUCUGUGUGCAAGGAGAAGAGCUUGCUUGAGGAAAAGAUUCAAAACGGAGAGAAAGACGAGGCUUUGAUAAAAGAGGGAAGUAAUGUAGCUGUAGAAAAGCUGAGAAGUGAACUUGAGGCUCAGCAUCAGGCCUCCAUAACACAACUUAAAGCAGUCUGGUCUAAAGAGAAGGAGUCUGAAAUCCAGCAGCAAGUGGUCUCUCAUGUAGCUUCAGUUGAGGCUAAAUGGAAGAAUGAACUGCAGAAGAGAGAGAAGACUUGGGUCCAGAAGUUGGAGGAGACUCAGAGAGAGAGAAGCAGAGAGGCUGCUGAGGUGACCUGUCAAACAGAUGAGUCUGAGGUCAGCAGUCUGACGGUUUCUGCUGAGGAGCUGGACUCCAGGCUCCGAGCUCAGAAACAGCAGCUGCAGCUGGACGCUGACAAAGUGCAACACAAAGCUGUGGAGGAGGCUAGAAAACAAGUCCAGAGAGAGUUGGAGGAGAAACACCUGGAGGACAUGGCCAAGCAGGUUGAAGGCGCUGUAACUCGAGCCUAUAAUCGUUGGAUUGAGGAUCUGCCUUCAUUACCAGAAUUCCAAGCAGAGAAGGAGAAAUGGAAAAAGCUCCAAGAAGAAAAUACAAACCAAAGAGUGUCCCUGGCCCUGAGGGAGGCAGAGGAGCAGUGGAGCAGAAACCAACAGGAGGACCAGAGUUCUGAAGCCAAGAGGGUGGAGGCGCUCCAACGGGAGAUGGCAGCUGUCAAGAUCCAACUGGAACAAGCAUCCAGAGAGCAGGCUGCCCUGCUGAAAGCUGAGCUGGCUGCAGCUAGAGCGGCUUGGAGCAGAGACAAACAGCAGGAGAUCUCCGUCAUCCAGGUCCGCAGCGAGCAGGCCUACCAAACCAAGCUGCAAGAGCAGCGCAGACAGCUGGAGCAGGCUGUGCAGCAAGCCAGAGAGGACGCUGACCUCCAGAGGAAGGAGCUGCUGCUGCAGAUGGAGGCAAAGCUUCAGCAGACUGUGAGGGCUCGAGAGGAGGAGUGGAAACGCCAGCGUGCUGAAAAAGAGCUGACCCAGAGACGGCAGAUCAGAGAUGAAUUCAUGGCAGAGCUGCAGGCCGCACUGACAGAGGUUCAAACACAACUUCUUGGACAAGGAGCUGAAAACCUCAGCAGAUCCAGUGAAUCCACAUCAGAAGCUUCUAUAACACGCAUCAUCAAAACGUCAUGUGGAGACGUGGUGACCAGAGCUUUGGCUGAGGCCAAGAGGGAGUGGAACAAAGUGAAUGAAGAGAAGCUGAGUCACGUCUUAAAAGAACCACAAGAACAACAUGUGAGAGAUAUCAACAACAUGCAAAGCUCUUUCCCUCACAGGAAGGAUCAUCCUCACUGCAGGAAGGAAUGCUCAGAGACUUUAGGUAAACUGCAGAAGAAGAACCAGGAGCUGCAGAGGCACUUGGAGAAAGCCUGCCGUCAACUUCAGCACAGCAUCCGAGAGCACAAAACCGCCAUGCAGCAUCUUAAAGAUGAACAUGACAGCAGCUUACAGAAGGUGAAGGCCGAACAUCUGCAGCAGCUGGUGGAAGUGAGGAAAGCCAAAGAAUCCUCAGGUACGCCGGAUCAACAAAACGUACAGCAAGGUCUUGAGGAGAUGAGGCAGCAGUACCUGCUGACGGUGGAAAAGAUCAGAGGAGACAUGCUGCGUUACCUUCAGGAGAGUCGGGAGCGCGCUGCGGAGAUGAUCCGCACUGAGGUGCAGAGAGAGAGGCAGGACACUGCCAGAAAGAUGCGGCACUAUUAUCUGACCUGUCUGCAGGAGUUACUGGAGGAUGGGAGCAGGACCACAGGUGCUGAAAAGAAAAUAAUGAAUGCUGCGAGUAAGCUGGCGGCCAUGGCUAAAGUGUUGGAGACGUCCGUCAAAAGUAAUUCUGGAAAGAAUCGGAGUUUACCAAGUACUGCCUCUGCUGCUGCGGUAGGUUUCAGUAAGAGUCCACCACUGCUAACUGAGCUUCCUGAUACCAGGCCAGACGAGAGAUCCCGCAGGGAAAAGCCUUCUGCUGGUUCAGGACAGAAAUCAACUAGACCCACAGUUAGGACUAAACCUGGGAGCCAGCGGGACACUCGUUCAUCUCAGCAGGACUCGGUGGAUAAAGACCAACAGUCCCAAACAUCUCACACACACCUCCCCUCCUCCAUCGCUCCUCAGUCCCAUGUGGAUUUUGUUAGUCUGUGUGUGAGGGGUAACGGCUUGGAGUGGAACCUGCAGGGAGGGAACUCCAAUAAAGCCGACACUCGCCUGGAGUCAGGGCGACAGAAGCCUCCUCUCAUCCAGGAGACGCCGGUUCGAGAGGGGAAACAGACCGACUGGAGCGCGACCAGCUGUGACUCGGACGCAGCGCCCAGACUCUCGUACCUUGGGAGGAAAGUUGAACCAGUCAGGCCUUUUUCUGUGUCUGCAGGGUCGGCCGGCAAAGCGGGGGAGUUUGGCGGUCUCACUCCUGAUGUUUCUGACCUAACAGUUUACAACCAUGUUCCAGAGAAGACAAGUGAAAACAGUCAUCACACGAGGAAGAGUUCGGACAGAGAGCCCAUCCCUGGUUCUGAAUGUGAGCGCGAGCUGGGGCUCUGUUCCAGGCCUCAGUUCUCCGAGCUGAGACAGCGGCAGCAGGACAGCGGCUUCGACAGCCCCUUCUACCAGCAGAAGUGA